UUACGAACAACCAAACCGACGAUAAGACGCGGAGCAGCCAACCAUGAUCGCAACGCCAAGCGGCGGGGUCAAAUCCCGCUCGAGUAGCCUCCCCUUGGCACACUCGAGGAGUAUCCACACACCCAGACCGUGACCCAAGUCGUCAAACGCCAAACAGAACUGCCUAUACGCUCGCACGACGAAGGACGCCUCCCCAAGCCAUCGGAUGGCCGCUUCAAUCACAAAAAAGGGGACCGCCCAGGCAAGAAGGGAGAGAAGCCCCUGGAUGGGCCACUGAAUCCACGGGAACACGGCCAGCGGCUGCAGCAGAAAGGAUGCCGGGGGCCCUAUCAGGUUGGCGGUAUAGUAGAGGAGGAGCCCAUAAACGAAGAAGUAAACGUUUGAGCCCACGACAACUUGAGCGAUAGCAGAGACCACACUGAAGAUGGCCGCCAUCCACUGCAACAGAAUAAGCAGGACCGUCUCGCACCGCUUCUGGUAGGUGAGCACUCCAUCAAGGCCCUUCUCGCGAAGGGCCGCGUCGAGGCGGUGCGUCACAUAGCCCUCACUGAUGAGCUGGCAGCCGACACUCUUGGAUGAGGCUCGAAGGGCGACGCAGUCGUGAGCUCUGAGGCAAGCCAAAGUUUGCCUCUCGACAUCCUCAGGCAAGCCGACCAGAUGACACGCACUAGUGCCCGACUGACGUACACACACCCACGCAGACCGACAGACGCGCACAAGGCAGACAUUGAAUGGCCGCCUCCGCUCAUUAUGUGUUGUUCCUCACUCACCGGCGGCGCCCCUUCUCGGCUCUUGUACGUCUCGCUGUCCACCGGUAAGUUCAGAUCCUGCAUAAACCACAGACCAUUAACACGGACAGCGGUGUUCGUGUUGGUGUUCGUCGUGCUGCCGGGCACUGUGCUGCGCACCGGCAUCUGCCGCGACAAAGGAUGGGCCCAGGGAUCCGUAGCGCAGGCUAUCAAUGAUUGUCCUCGGUUAACAAAUGACCACACUCGAGGGGGUUGGUUGGUUAUU